AUGUCCCGCGAGACCUUCCUCCUGAUCUUCCGCGAACACACCAAAACUCCCGUCCCAGCCCACUGGUCCAUGUUCAUCCCCUCCUCUCCCACCGAUUCCUCCUCUCCCACCAAUUCCACCUCCUCCACAAGCUCGCUCGGCGAUCUUUUCCAAGCCCUCGGCACCCCCCUCACCGGCUACACCGUCGAGCACAAAACCUUUUACAACCCUUCUUCCGAACCAAAACCGCCUCUCAAAAUCUCCCUCGGCUCUAUAGAUGAGAAGUGGUUGUCACAGCUUGACGCUAAGGCCAAGGAGGUGAAGGCCCCUGGGGGAGAGAAUUGCCAGGAUUGGUUGAGGGAGUGGGUUGAUGCUUUGAUCCAGGAUGGGAUUUUGGGGGAGGAAGCGAGGGAGGUGUUGGGGGGGGCGCCGAGGGUGUAG